GGAGCCGGGCCCGGGCCGCUUCUCCCGAUCCCCCCUGCGCGUUGAGCCUGCGGAAGCAUGGAGGGGGAGAGUACGUCGGCGGUGCUCUCCGGCUUUGUGCUCGGCGCGCUCGCUUUCCAGCACCUCAACACCGACUCGGACACGGUGAGCCCGAGGGGCGAGGCGGGCUCCAGCGUCGCCUCGGGAGAGGCCCCGAGCGCGGGCGCCCUUCGCCGCCGUUACCCCGGCCCCCGCCCAUGAGCUUCCCGACGGCGCCGCGCUGGUUCUCUGCCCUGGGGCUUUGCCUUGUCCCUCUCCCGGGCGGUCGUAGGAAGGUUUUCUUCUUGGGGAAGUGAAAGGUGAAGCCAAGAAUAGUAUUACUGAUUCCCAAAUGGAUGAUGUUGAAGUUAUUUAUACAAUUGACAUCCAGAAAUAUAUUCCAUGCUAUCAGCUCUUUAGCUUUUAUAAUUCUUCUGGUGAACUAAAUGAGCAAGCACUGAAGAAAAUAUUAUCAAGUGUCAAAAAGGCUGUGGUUGGUUGGUACAAAUUCCGACGUCAUUCAGACCAGAUCAUGACAUUUAGAGAGAGACUGCUUCAUAAAAACUUACAGAAGCAUCUUUCAAGCCGGGAACUGGUUUUUCUGCUGUUAACACCAAGUAUAAUAACAGAAAGCUGCUCUACUCAUCGGCUGGAGCAUGCCUUAUAUAAACCUCAGAAGGGACUUUUUCACAGGAUACCAUUAGUGGUGGCCAAUCUGGGCAUGUCUGAACAACUGGGUUAUAAAACUGUAUCAGGUUCCUGUGAGUCCACUGGUUUUAGCCGAGCAAUAAAAACACACAGCUCUGAAUUUUUUAAAGAAGAUGGAUCUUUAAAGGAGGUACAUAAAAUAAAUGAAAUGUAUGCUUCUUUACAAGAGGAAUUAAAGAGUAUAUGCAAAAAAGUAGAACACAGUGAGCGAGCAGUAGAGAAACUACUAAAGGAUGUACACAGAUUGAAAUGGGAAAUUAAAAAAAGAAAACAGGCACAAAUUCAAGUAGCACGGGAGACCGUCGAAAAAGACCCUCAGGAGAACAUUUUUCUUUGCGAAGCUUUACGGACCUUUUUUCCAGAUUGCGAAUUUCUUCAUUCAUGUGUUAUCUCUUUGAAAAAUAGGCAUAUUUCUAAAAGUAGCUGCACUGCCAACCACCAUCUUGAUGUGAUAGACAACCUGACCUUAAUGGUAGAAUACACCGACAUUCCUGAAGCUAGUCCAGCUGGCAGUACACCGCAAAUGAUUAAACAUAAAGCUUUAGAUACUGAUGAUGGAUGGCAAUUCAAGAAGUCACGGCUGUUAGAGACACAAAACAAACCAUCUAAAACAGAUACUGAUAGUAGUAAUCAAGAAAAAGCAUAUACAUUGAGCAGCCCUGAAACAGAUGAAGAGAUUGAAAGAAUGAAGGGUUCUGGUGAAUAUCCACAGUCUCCUACAUUUUGAUCUUUUUAGGCCAAAAGGAGAGCUUUGAUUGGCUGAAGGGUAAAGCCAGACAUUUAUAUUGUCUUUACUAUGUUCAGCAAUUUGCAGUAAUACAUAAGUUCUAGUGCAUUUAUUUUUUAAGGCACUUUAUUUUAAAACCAUAACGUUUUUCUGCCCCCCACCUUUUGAAAGAUUUUAUUUUUAACUAAUCUCCUACACCCAGCAAGGAGCUUGAACUCACAACCCCAAGAUCAGGAGUCACACACUCCACUGACCAAGCCAGCCAGGUGCCCCUUUUACAAAACUGUUGAGGGAAAGGCUUAAUUUAAGUAGAUGGUUCUUUUAAACUUAUAUAGCAUACCUUAGAAUUGGAAAAGAAAGACUAGCAUUAGAACACAAUAGAAGAAGAUGUCUAAAAAUAUGAAGAGGUAUUUCAUUUUAAGUCAUUACAGUUUCUACUCCUUAAGUUAUAAGUGGCUAGAGUUGCCAGAUAAAAUGCUGGAAACAUGCAAUAUUAGGGACAUUCAUUAAAAAAUUAUUCAUUGGUUAUCUGAAAUUCAAAUUUAAUUGCAUGUCCUAUAUUUUUAUUUGCUAAAUCUGGCAGUUCUGAUUAUGGCACAACUAAAAUACAGCACAAAUAAUCUCUUCCUAGUCUAGAGUCCUCUACACAAAAUUGAGUGAAUCCAGUACUUGAGUACAGGACAAGUCUGGUAAUGGUGUGUCUGAGGUCAGUAGCUGGUCAAGUAGCUAGAAACACCAGUUAAAGUGGGAACCAAAAAUGGUGCAUAUGUGUAUAUAUAUUUAUAUAUACAUGUCUAUCGCAGAUUUCAUUUUAACAUAAAGUGGAGUUGUACAUUCAUUUUGUCAACCUUUUGUUGUAGGGCUAGGAACUUUUAUGUGAGUAUACUGGUGUUCCUAUAUAAGUCACAUCCAUUACUUUUAUAGUUCCCAGUUUUAGUUUAUUUAUAAAGAAUUUAAAGAAGCUUGCAAAGCAACCUAAGUACAAAAUGCUACUACUUUUUUUUUCCAUUUCACAGCAUCCUCCUACUUCCACCCUUCUUUAGUUGUCCUAACCACAUCUAACUUGACAACUAUUUUUUUUUAAUGUUUUAAUUUGUUUUUGAGAGAGAAAGAAUGCGCGCACACGAGCGGAGGAGGGGCAGAGAGAGGAAACACAGAAUCUGAAGCAGGCUCCAGGCUCUCAGCUGUCAGCACAGAGCCUGAUGUGGGUCUUGAAUUCAUGAACUACGAGAUCAUGACCUGAGCCGAAGUGGGACACUUAACUGACUGCACCACCCAGGCGCCCUGGGUGGUGCAGUCAGUUAGAAAGCAUUUACUUAGUUUUCAUUGCAGUAACUUUUUAAUGCUUCUACUUCAAUACAGUGACGAAACUGACACAGACUUGGGAACAAAAUAGCUGACUCUUGGUAAUGUAGAACUCAACAGGUUUGAAGAAUUAUGGGCUUCAGUAUGAUAUUUGAGGAUGUAAAGCUCCAGUUUAAUCCAGUGAGCUGGUUAAAUGGAAGUUGCCUAAGAGAGCUUUUACUGUGUGUUUUAUUUCUUUUACAUAAUUGUGAGAAUUUUCCACAAGGCCUACACAUUAUAUGAAGCCUUCAUGUUUCACUCACUGGAUGAAAUGCUGAACACAAACUUUGAGCAUAGCUUUUCCAUCUGCUACUUCCUAGUGGCAGAACAAAUUCCUAGCUACUAUCAAAAUUAUCUUUUAUCUAUGUUAACAUGUAUUAGUUACCCAUGGGGUGCUAAUGAAGCCCACAUAACAACUGAGAUGUUUUGUAUAAAGAGUUUCUGUUGGGGCUGUUUAACUGGUUACCUAAGAAGCACUGUGGUGUAACAACACAGGGCAGAGGGAGGGGAAAUAGGUUGGCAGUCUGAAACCUGACUUAAAAAUAACCACAAAUGGGGCAGGUGGGCAGCUGGGUGGCUCAGUUGGUUGAGUUUCUGACUCUUGAUUUUGGCUCAGGUCAUGAUCCUGGGUUUGUGGGACCAAGCCCCGUGUUGGGCUCUGCACUGAGCGUGGAGACUGCUUAAGAUUCUCUUUCCCUCUGCCCCUCCCCACCCCACUCACACACACUAAAAUUAAAAUAACCACAAACAUCACUAGAGCAUAUAGAGCAUCACAUAGAACAUAAUGACUAAAUGCAGCCAACAAAUGAUUUGCUGGAGGUCACUGAGCACACAUCACCUAGUUUACCUGUAUGCUGGACUGAGACAAAGGUUCCUCACCCCCUCCCAUCCUUGGAAUGUACACUUUGCCUACUGUUACCACAUUGGGAGUGUUCCAAGGACAUGGACUUGAGAAAGCAAGCUGUUAAGACCAUAUGGAUUGUGUGUGACUAAACCCAGUUAAGGCCUCAAUUGAAACUUUUAAGACUUGACAGGCAGGUGCAGAGAUCUGUUUUUCUGAGAUCUGUCUUGUGGUCACCCAAGACCAGCUUUGUAAGUAAGUUCUCUUGCUUAUUUACGCUGCUACUUACAGUCUGGAGUCAUCUGCCUCUUUAGUGUUUUCCUGCCCUCCAUGUACCAGUCCACUAAUCAACAGAUAAAACAAGCUAGACUAGGGGCGCCUGGGUGGCUCAGUUGGUUAAGCGUACGACUUCAGCCCGGGUCACCAUCUCGAGGUCCGUGAGUUCGAGUCUCGUGUCGGGCUCUGGACUGAUGGCUCAGAGCCUGGAGCCUGCUUCCGAUUCUGUGUCUCCCUCUCUCUCUCUGCCCCUCCCCCGUUCAUGCUCCGUCUCAAAAAUAAAUAAACGUUAAAAAAAAUUUUUUUUUAAAUAAAAAAAAAAAAAGCUAGACUAGGACCAGCAGAAGCAAUAAGCAACCAACAUAUGCAAAUGUCUUAAGACAGUAACUAAAGAUUUUUCAGACUCCUUAAAAGAAACAGGCCUUCAUACAAAGUUCAGUUUGCUAAAGCACUAUAGAGAGGUAAUGUAUUUAGUUCAUACUUUGGCACAAUGAUCCAUCUUGAAGAAAGAAAUGCUAAACUUCCAGUCAUAGAGAAGCAUGCUAAGGUCAGUACCAGCUGAAUUUCCAUAAUUAAGUUUGAUGACCCACCUUUUGGUAUUAAAUGAAAAGAAGGAAAAGGGUCCUUCUAUAUCAUUUUCCCCCAGUUACUCAUCUUUUGGCAAUUAGUUACUAGACCAUUUGUUUAUGGAUCAUUUUAAAUUAUGCUACUGGGACACCUGGGUGGCUCAGUUAACGGUUAAGUGUCCGACUUUGGCCCAGGUCAUGAUCUCACCAUCCAUGAGUUUGGGUCUCAUGUCGGGCUCUGUGCUAACAACCCUGAGCCUGGAGUCUGCUUUGGAUUCAGUGUCUUCCUCUCUCUGCCCCUCCCCCAUCCAUGCUCUGUCUCCAUCUCUCAAAAGUAAGUAAAUGUUUAAAAAAAAAAAAGUACACUACCAGUUUCAAGAUAGACUAGCCCAGGAAUAAAUGUUAGGGCCUUUGCACCACUAUCCAUACCAGCGUUAACUAAUGUCUCUAUAAAGGGAACACCCACUGUCCUGGCCAGGCAUACUUAAAUAUUGGUAGUUAGAAAAUCUAAGCAAUUUCAAGUCUACACUCUGUCACAUGGAAUUUGGGCAUUAAUAAAAGCAUUCUACCUUGAUGCAACCAUAUGCCUAAAAUCCCAUUUACAAGACAAAAUCUGGGACUCAAGUAAAAUUCCAAGUCCUCUAUUCCAUACUUAAAAUCCCAAUAUGAGUUGUAUAUGGUAUGAGCUAAGUGGGGACCAGAUAAAAUGACAAUCCUACAGUACCAAUUUUUAAAGUUUGUAUGUAUGUAAAAUGUGAUGAGUAUUAACAUUUUAAAUAAUGUUUCUUUAAUGAGCAGUGGAAGCACUUUUUCCUUGUAAGAUUUCAAUUAUUAAGAAUUUAAAACUUACAAGCAUUUGGCAAGAUUUAGCCUAUUUUCUACUCAAAGAUUAUUAAAUCUUCUAAUUUGAGUCAAUAUUAAAACCAUACAACCAUUUAUUGUAAAAUACAUUUACUGAUGAUAAGACAUGUAAUUUACUCCCGAUACUUGAUGUUACAAACUUUAGGGUCUUUGAGAUAUGCAGGAUCCUUGUAUGUAACUGGCAUAAACCCUGUAAAAAAGAAUGAAAGUUCUUCACAAAGGAUAACGAGCAAAAACUUUCGAUUAGCCCAAUUCAGUUUUUCAGAUGCUCUUACCCAUUAUUUGAGCUCUCUUAAUUGCUUUUGUGAUUUCUUUCUGUUUCUUCCCACAAAGACCUAUGAAAGAAAUGCUUUCAUAUUCAUAAAAAAAUGUCAGCACUCAAAAUGCACAACAACUAUCUUAAGGAAAGGCUAGAAAACCUGUAAACAGCAAGGUAGUAAAUAUUUUAGGCUCUGUGGGCCAUACAGUGUCCUAAUUUAGUCUGAUGUAGCUCACAAAGUGGCUAUAGACACUACGUAAAGUAAGCUAUUUACAAAAACAAGUGGUAGAUCCAACUUGGCCUAGAGGCAAUUGGCCCCAGGUUUAAAUAAAUAGGAAUGAUUAUAGUAUACUCCAAAACAUCAAUGCAAUUUUCUUAAGUCCUCAUUUUUUUUUUUUUUUACAUGUCCACCUGUAGUUAGCUCUGAGCAUAAGAAGACAUGUAAAAUAAUAGCCCUUUUGGCCUACAAAGAGGCUGUCUCAAAGUACUGUCAUAUCUGGUCUAAUAGUGAUUUAUAGCACAAUCUGAAUAUCUGCCAUUUUUCUUAAAUAACAAGUAGAUUUAUCUAAUUUUUAUAAGUUGCUAUAAUAGAAAACAAAAUACCUGUUAUGUGCCUUCCAUAAAUGCAUCCAGUAAAUGGAGAUAUAAACUGGGACAAAAGCUGUUUUGAGUUUUAUUUGGAGAAGAAAAAAAAUUUAUAUCAAUACAUUUGUUCAACCUUGAUUGUGUAAAUUAAAAAAUGUAUAUAUCACUGUCAAGUUAUGUAAAGGCUUAAUUUCAGGCAAAAUUCAUUAAAUAAAAAUACUAUGUCCAUUCUAUUAAUAGAUCUUUUUAAAUGAAAAAGCUAAUUACCAAAGUUAACAUCUCUUAUCCAGUGUGUCAAAAAAAGUCUAUACAACAGCUUAAUGAGCACUUGUUUUCAGUGCUAAAGCUGUUUCCUUGACCUCCACAGAUACUUUCCUAAAAUACUAUGCUUAGCAUUAAACAUUUCAUCUAUCAUGACAGGCUAUCACAUUAUUCUAUCAGACUACAGUGAGGUCUUCAAAAGGUACAUCAAGCCACUUGCCAUAACUUUGUGUUUUAUUAAUUUAAAUUCUUUAGUACUUUUCAGGUAGCAGGCACUGUGCUGGCACUACGCAUAAUCCUCUUGACGUGCUUUAAAUUUAAUGGUUUUGCUCCGAAGGCAGCUAUCACUUUAUGCUACUGUCAGGAUACUUAACUCCGGAACCAUUCUUGCCCCUGAUUUGCCACUUUUAAUUUGCUGAGCCCUGGACAACAAAUAAAAAUACCUUUGAAGCAGUGAUACUGGUAGUGUAUCAGUACAGAGAUCAACUUCAGCAGAGGGGCUUUUUCCAAAUUGUUAACUCUACCAACUAAGAAUCCCUGCAUAGUGAGCUACUGGUAAGACCUUUAAGGCAGAGGGGGAAAAAAAGGAAGAAAACACUGAGCUGAAAUAAUAGAUGAGGGAGAGCCAAAGGGCUCUCAUUUUAAUAAAAGGGAUGCCUUGUACAUAGAAAACCAGAUUUGAAAUUAUGAAGUUACUACAACAGGUGCCUCUACACAAAGCCUGUUAUAAAACUGACUUGAUUCUCUUUAGUUAUGACUAACAAGGGAGCAAAAAUCCUAAAAUCCAGUAUCAUAGUGAAGUAAAACCAUAUCUCACCUGUACAUUCUUAUAAUCUACACGUUUUCCACACAAAAUACAUUUUUUAAGAGGCUCCUUAUAAGGAUUUUCCAUUGGAAUGGGCUAAGAUAAAGGAAAGAAAAAAAUCUAAUAGUUUAAUGUGUUAAUAUUAAAAUAGAAUUAAAUCUUAAGGUUACCACAUUUGAAUCUAUCCAAAGGAUUAGUUGUACCUUUCUUAAUAUGAAAAAGAAUAAAUGACAGCUUGGCUUGUAGAAGAAAAAUCAAGGUUUCUAAAGUCACCAUUUUAAGGAUUUCAGUGUGUUUAUAAAUGUUUUGUACGCGUACUUUGGUUUGGCUGAGGAGGAAUUAAAUCAUGGAGGAGGAUUCUGGGAUAGAAUACAAUCUCUGUUUAUGGGAGGAUACCUUUCAUGGCUCCAAACUGCUUUAUAUCUCAACCUUUUUGGUUUUUCUGUCCUCACUACUACCUCUAAUGCUUCUGUCACAAUGCCUCCCAUCUAUAAUCAGUACAGGCAUGUCUCCAAUCAAGAUAUUCUUAUCUAGAAAUGGCUUUGAAGACCUUAACCCCCUGUAGUUGUAUGCAAAAUUUCAAGUGAAUGAAAUUGUGAGCUUUUUUCUGAGAGCCCAUAUUUUAUUAGCAUCUCAGGGGAAUUUAUGACCUAUAAAACAGCUCUAGUAAUGUCCUUUACUCUCGAACUGUGGUGUGCAUUAAAUGACCAAGAAGGAUGCUCAAGGGACUAGAAUUCUGUUUUCCAACCCUUCGGACUCUUAAUCCAAUUUAUAUGCAGCUCACAUGUAAAGAUUACAUUCCUUCUCUACACUGUGUUAAAAUGUUUUGUAUGGUUUGAUUAGUGUCAAAUCAUCUUUGCAUAUAGCAAGAAAAGCUAUACUGGCCAAGCCCAAAGCUAGCACUUGAAACCCAUAAAAAUACAUCUACAGGCUAAAAGAAACUGUAUUGAACAUCCUGGUUGUAAAACUUUAAUUUUGAUCACUCACUCACUAAAACACCAAACCCACUCCCCCCCAAACUCCCCCAGUAAUGAAUGGCACAAAGAACUGAAUCUGAAAUGGGGAAGAGACUUUGUCCAAUUCCUCUGUUGGAUAUUCUGCAAUUGUUGCACACACCAAAACUACCUUCUUUAAUUUCUAAAGCACAUAUCUUUAAACUUAAGAUCUGGG